AUUAAAUUUGAUAUGGAGCAACGAGCAAUACUCAGAAGCCGGAGGUUUUCAUAUCACGAUCAGCGGCUUUUAGCCGUAGGAUUAGCAAUUCUUGCCAUAGUUUCUCCACUGUACAUUGAUCGGAGAUUGUUAGCUGAGGAAGAAGAAGUCGAUGAAGAGGGCAUAAUCGACUUUUCAUCGUAUCUGCCGUUUUUUCUGCUGGUUUUGAUAAUAAGCAUUGCAGUUUCGGGUUAUUUAGAGCGGGGGUUUACUCUCGACCCUUACUGGAUUCAUCGAGUCGGUGGUUCUUCGACGGGUAUUGUUAUUGUUCUAAUUGUUCUUGCUUUGGUUUUGAAGUGUAAAGGCUUUACCAUCGAUUAGGGAUCAACAGGUGUUAUAUUUUAUGCGUUUUGAUUUUCAAUGUGUUCGCUUUUGUACAUUUUACGUGUUAUUCGAUCUUCUUUUUUCCCAACAUUUAUUAAAAAAAACAUUUUCUAAGAAAUGAUAUAAAAUUUAUU